GAUUAUUAUUAAGCCAGUAUUUUCAUCUUUCGCAAGUGCUUUGAAACAGUGAAUUAAGAGCGACGCAACUCCACUUGAAGCCCGAAACAGAAAGGUAGCAGCAACCGAUUUUCUGCAAAAUCGAAGAAGAAAAGCUAAAAUCAUGGAUAAAAUGAACAUAGAAGAAGUUCAAUCUACUGCCAAGAAGCAGCGAAUCGCAUCCCACACUCACAUUAAAGGCCUUGGUCUUGAGGCAAAUGGAAAUGCAAUAUCUUUGGCUGCUGGCUUUGUGGGACAAGUGGAAGCAAGAGAAGCUGCUGGUCUUAUUGUUGAUAUGAUUAAGCAGAAGAAGAUGGCUGGUCGUGCACUCUUACUGGCUGGUCCUCCUGGCACGGGGAAGACUGCACUGGCCCUUGGAAUAUGCCAGGAGCUUGGGAGCAAGGUCCCAUUUUGCCCAAUGGUUGGUUCAGAAGUAUACUCAUCAGAAGUAAAGAAAACUGAAGUUCUAAUGGAAAAUUUCCGAAGGGCUAUUGGUCUACGUAUCAAGGAAAAUAAAGAGGUCUAUGAAGGAGAGGUAACUGAACUCUCCCCAGAAGAAACUGAGAGUGUGACAGGUGGCUAUGGUAAAAGCAUCAGCCAUGUGAUCAUUGGAUUAAAAACUGUCAAAGGAACCAAGCAGCUGAAGUUGGACCCCACUAUUUAUGAUGCUUUGAUCAAGGAAAAAGUAGCUGUUGGAGAUGUUAUCUAUAUUGAGGCAAAUAGUGGUGCAGUCAAAAGGGUCGGAAGGAGUGAUGCUUUUGCUACUGAAUUUGACCUUGAAGCAGAAGAGUAUGUUCCACUUCCUAAAGGGGAGGUUCACAAAAAGAAAGAGAUAGUUCAGGAUGUAACACUGCAUGAUCUGGAUGCUGCAAAUGCGAGGCCUGAAGGUGGACAAGAUAUAUUAUCUUUAAUGGGUCAGAUGAUGAAGCCGAGGAAAACAGAAAUCACUGAAAAACUACGACAAGAAAUAAAUAAGGUUGUUAAUCGGUAUAUUGAUGAAGGUGUGGCAGAGCUUGUUCCUGGAGUUCUAUUCAUUGAUGAGGUUCACAUGUUAGACAUGGAGUGCUUUUCGUACUUGAAUCGUGCUUUAGAGAGCUCACUAUCUCCAAUCGUAAUUUUUGCUACAAAUAGAGGAAUAUGUAACGUACGAGGAACUGAUAUGAAUAGUCCUCAUGGCAUUCCUCUCGAUUUGUUGGACCGAUUGGUGAUCGUCCGAACGCAGGUUUAUGGUCCUGCUGAGAUGAUUCAGAUUUUAGCAAUUCGAGCACAGGUUGAGGAACUUGUUUUGGAUGAAGAUAGUCUGGCACACCUUGGAGAGAUUGCGAGAGAGACAUCCCUAAGGCAUGCAGUGCAGCUGUUAUCACCUGCGAGCAUUGUAGCAAAAAUGAAUGGGCGAGACAGUAUUUCGAAGGCGGAUGUUGAGGAAGUGAAAGAAUUAUAUUUGGAUGCCAAGUCUUCAGCAAAGCUUCUUCAAGAGCAACAGGAAAAAUACAUUACAUGAUUUUUUAAGGGUGUCUACCAAACUUCUGUUUUGAACUCAGGAGAGACACUCCAGUGUUCAAUGGGCUCCUUUGCCGUGCUAAUUGUCAAAGUGGGAGGCUCUGGUUAGAGGAUGUUGCUAAACUUUUUAAACAGUCACAUGAAUCGGCAAAUUGUUUGUUUGGAUAGUUUGCAGAACUGGGGAAAAGGCAGUCCUUAAAUUGAAUGGAAAAUUUUGUCUUUGUUUAUGGUUGGUUUAAAUCUGUAUAACUCCAUUAAUGUCGCCAUUGUUGCGUUGUGGAUGCCAUUGUAGGGUGAAAUCUUAAUGUAAAUCUAUGGAUUCUUCUGCAAAUCAGAAACUUUAUGUGAAGGAGUCAGUACUUGGAAAUUAAA